AUGAAGACCCUGUUCGGUCUCGCCUUUCUUCAUUGCAUUUCAGUCGGUAAGUCACUUUAGUCCGGUUCUAUCUCUUCAGUUCUUUCCACUAAAGUAAGGACAAUGCUGCAGGAAUCUUGUCCCGAAAUACUCGCGGCUCCCUUUGUUGGCGUGCUUGACCUUCUCUCUCUGAAUAAAGUGGUGGGCGCACAAUUUUAAUUACAUUUUAACCAUAAGUCGGACAGACAUCAUCGUCGAUUUUCUUUCUUCACUCGUUACGAUUUGGUUCGAUAAAUUGAAGUCUAAUAUGAAAGUACAUUAUUAGACCUGACAGAUCUGGGUGGCUUUCAGUUUUUCCCAUUUGGGCGCGAAUAACAUAACGUUUUUGUUAGGAAUAAUUUAAGAUGGUAUUGAAGUUAGAAAACGACGGAACGCUGUCGGAGCUUUUAUUCUUUCCCGUUAUUUUCUUCAUCAAAGAGUAGUAGUAGUAGUAGGAAUUGUAAGCGGAGUCGUAAGAGCAACACGGAAUCGGAGUCGGAAGAAUCAGAACAUUUCCAUUGUUUCGACUCCGCUUAUAACUCCGUCGCUUGCGAUCUAGAGAAAACCAGAUUUUCAGAGUCGGAAGCAGAAGCAGAAGGAUAUACCAAUCACUAUGCUCGUUUCCAUGCUUUCUGAUCGGUUUCGUUCUUCUGCUAGUGCUUGCGACUCCGACAACCCUCUGGCAUGUUUUCACUAAAUCGCGAGCGAAGGAUAGAGUCGUAAGUGAAAUAAGAACGCUGUUUGUACUAGAUCAACACGCUCUACGCUUCAGCGAAAACCAGCCUUUAUUGACCAAGCUUGUUCGAACAAGAUGGCUGGAUAUUGGGCAAGUUCUAUUUUUGCGUUUUUACGUCUGCAUUAAAAUGCAAUAAACCAACAUGGGCCAAUAUCCAGCCAUCUUGACCGAACAAGCUUAAUCAAGAAAAGAUUUAGUAUGUGGCCAUAGAAGAUGUUUACCUGCGGUGACAUAGCGGAAAAUCCCGAGCGGGCAAGAUAGGCUUAUCUUGGUCGCUCGGGUAGGCAACUAGAACACAUGAUAAGCUUCAUCUUGCACUAAUCUUGCCUCAGUGCCCGCGAAGCAAGGCAUAUAGUAAAGACACUUUCAUAGAUGAAGAAUAAGAUCGGCAGGUUUGGUCCAAGUCUCCUAGAAUCACAGAUAAGCACAAGUCACUGCACUGCUUGCUGAUAAUUGUUUUUAAAUCUAAUCACUGUUAGUUUUUUUUUUUUAAUAUUUGUUUAUAUUUUCAAGCUUAUUCCCUGAAAUGCAACCUAUGUUUUUCUGCGGAAAGCUGGGAUGACUGCAAAAACACGACAAAAGAGAUAACCUGUAUGGACGACUUUGAUCGUUGUGUCACACAAGAAGGAAAAUCUGAGAGCCCGCAAAAGACAGUUAAACUCUUUGUCAAAGGAUGCGCCCCUUCAUCACUAUGCAGCCUGGGCCCAUUGAACUGCAGAGCGACCGACGCCUCGACGAAAAUCACCAAAUGCGAAGUCAACUGCUGUAAAGGUGACCUGUGCAAUGGAGACGACAAUGAAGCCGAAAAUGGAGCCAAAGUACCAAUAGUCAGCGCCAUCAUGCUUUUGGCAUGCGCUUUUGUAGCUUUUGCUCGUUAG